AAAAAUUUUGAUUGCUGUUCUGUAUAUCGAAAAUGUAACCGUAUAACCUCUUUUAAUAGCAAAAGUUUGGUUUUUAUCAAAAGAACAAUGUCGACAUUAAUAUUGAGAUCUCUGGCAUCGUUAAGUAGGAAUUCUUAUAACGUUUUUACUAAGUUUAGGUACAUGAACACAUCAAAAAUAUUAUGUCAACAAUCUAUUGUAUCAAAGGAUCCUAAAGUAAGUAAAAAAAGAUCACCAAUUACAUGGAAAAGUUUGAUGCUUUCCGGUCUUGUUGGCACUGGUCUUCUACUAUAUAUGAACAAUCUAAGAAAUGAAAAAGAUAAGGCCAUGGCACGGGAAAGAAAACGGCAAUUAGGCAAAGCCAAGAUUGGUGGUAAAUUUGAAUUAAUAAAUACAGAGGGAAAAACAGUAAAGUCAGAUGAUUUCUUGGGACAGUGGAUACUGAUAUACUUUGGAUUCACACAUUGUCCGGAUGUUUGCCCAGAUGAAAUCGAGAAAAUGACAAAAGUGGUAGAUAAUCUUGAAAAAGAACAUAACUUUAAAAUACAACCAAUUUUCAUAUCAGUCGAUCCAGACAGAGAUACACCCACUAUUGUUGGCAAAUAUCUUAAAGAAUUCUCUGACAAAAUUAUUGGUCUUACUGGCAACUCCGACCAAGUGGGAAAUGCGUGCAAAGCUUAUAGAGUUUAUUAUAGUAACGGUCCCAAAGAUCAGGACAAUGAUUACAUCGUGGAUCACACUAUUAUUAUAUACUUGGUAGAUCCGGAAGGCAUGUUUGUCGAUUAUUAUGGACAAACUCAUGAUGCGGAAAAGAUGAUGACUAGUAUCCUUGUGAACAAAUUGAAGCAUGACCAGUUGAAAAAUGAUGAUUCUUCUUCUUCUUGGCUACCAUCAUUGUCGAUUAAAGGAGUGUUAUAAGUGCUGACAUUCCUCUGUAAAGUUAAUUUUUAUGUCAGUAUUGUACUAUAAAAAAUUAUAAACAUGCCCAAAAGUUUA